GAGGAGGAGGAAGGAAAGAAAUCCUCCAAGCAUAAGAAGAAAAAGCACAAGAAAGAGAAAGAAGAGAAAUCAAAAGACAAAAAGAAAUCCAAAAAGAAGAGUCAUCACAGUGAGGAGGAGACAACAGAGUCAGUGCAGAAUGGAACACUAGAUGAUGAACCACUACCACCUAUGUCCAGUUACCACCUUCUUGCUGAAAAUCCGUACAUUAAAAUGACCUACGAUAUUCAAGGAAACCUCCAGAAUGAUAGUCAAGUUACUGUCUCUGUUAUCUUUGAGAACAAAAGCACUAGCUUCCUUAAGAGCAUGGAACUAAAUGUCCUGGACUCUCUCAACACUAAAAUGCUCCGACCAGAAGGAUCAUCAGUACAUGAUGGGAUACCUGUGCCCUUCCAGCUACCCCCUGGAAUCUCUAAUGAAGCCCAGUUUGUGUUUACACUUCAGAGUAUUGUUAUGGCUCAGAAGUUAAAAGGAACAUUGUCCUUUAUAGUCAAAAAUGAUGAAGGUUCAACCCAUGAAAAACUAGAUUUCAAAUUGCACUUCAGUUGCGCUUCAUACUUGAUCACGACGCCUUGCUAUAGUGAUGCUUUUGCCAAGCUCCUAGAGUCUGGAGAUCUGCACAUGAGUUCUAUUAAAGUAGAUGGAAUUAGCAUUUCUUUCCAACAUCUACUGGCAAAGAUCUGUUUUCAUCACCAUUUUUCAGUUGUGGAACGCGUUGAUUCGUGUGCAUCAAUGUACAGUCGUUCUAUCCAAGGCCAUCACGUCUGCCUACUGGUAAAAAAGGGAGAGAACUCCGUAUCCAUAGAUGGGAAAUGUAAUGAUUCCACCCUGCUUAGCAACUUGUUGGAUGAGAUGAAAGAGACAUUGUCCAAGUGCUGAAUAUUCCUUAUAAAAUACUCCAGCUACAAGAAACACACCUAAUGUGUAAAGACGAGCAGACCCAAGUGUUAAGUUUCUCCCUCGUACGCAUGUACUAUCCUGGGGCACGUGCUUUUCAGUUAACUCCACCAUUGUUUGCAGUUUAGACAUUUUAAGGCUGUAUGUUACCUUUUUAUUUCAAAACUUUUUACAAACUGUGGUGUUAACCCUUUCUAGCCCAAAGAGAUCCUGGUGACAUGACUGGAGGAGGGAGGGAGGGAGGGGCGGGCGCUAUUUAUUCAGCAGCUCA